CGUAGCUGUGAGUGUCAUCGGUUGUUUUUGUUUUUGUUUCGAUGGGCAGCUGACAAAUUGAGCGACUGCCCUAUUUUUUAACGUGGCAUGUUAUAGACGUUGCCGAAUAGCAUAAAGGCAUUUUAAAAAGUGAUCCCAAGUCUUUUCAAUGGGUGCCGUGGAAAGCACCGAAGGAGAAAGGGAGCCUUUGCUGGUUCCAUCCCAGCCGGCGACAAACACACAGCCUGUGUUGGGCAGGGUGUACGGGAGAAGAUGGUUUGUUCUCACCAUGUUUUCAUUGUUGGGUUUUAUGCAAGGACUUGUGUGGAACACCUGGGGCCCGAUCCAGGUCUCAGCCAAACAUGUGUUCGAGUUCUCCUCGACAGAUAUCGCGGUGCUGGUGAUGUGGGGUCCAGUGGGUUACCUGCCCUGGCUGUUGUUUAUGUGGUUGAUGGAUAAGAAAGGUUUGCGAGCAUCUCUGCUGCUGUCAGCAUUCUUCAUGUUGCUGGGCGCAGCAUUACGAAGUGUUCCCCUCAAAGACCUGUACUACAGACGCUGGAUGAUUCAUGGAGGUCAACUUCUGAAUGGUUUAGCUGGUCCUACCAUUAUGAGUGCCGGUCCUCUGCUCUCUACUACUUGGUUUGCUCCUGAUCAGAGAGCUACAGCCACCGCUAUUGCAUCACUCAUCGGCUACCUGGGGUCAGCCUUCGCCUUUCUGAUUGGUCCGUUGGCUGUCCCUGCACCCAAUGGCACUGUGGGAAGCACAGUUUACUGGAACCGAAACCACAUAGGAGACAGGAUACAGUUUGUUCUUUACGCAGAGGUUGGGAUGAUUGCAGCACUUUUCGUGGCUGUGCUGUUCUACUUCCCCUCCAGGCCGCCCAUCCCUCCCAGCGUGGCAGCGGCUAGCCAACGUCUCAGCUACAGGAGCAGCAUCUGCAGACUGCUGAGCAACAUGCGCUUCCUGAUGAUAGCACUCGCCUACUCCGUGCCCACAGGGGUUGUUGCCGGCUGGGCCGGAGUGUUGGACAUGAUUUUAACACCUGCUAAAGUCAGCCAGGUGGACGCAGGCUGGAUCGGGUUCUGGUCCAUAGUUGGAGGCUGUGUGUUUGGUGUGGCCAUGGCGAGGUUUGCUGACUAUAUUCGAGGAAUGCUGAAGCUAAUUUUGGUGCUGAUGUUUGCCGGAGCAUCCUUGGCGGCCACCUGGUUCACUCUCACCUGCCUGACCAGGCUUACUCACCUGCCCUCCACUCAAGCCACUCUCUACACCUCCUGCAUCCUGGUGGGUAUCUUCAUCAACAGCAGUGUGCCCAUCUUCUUGGAGCUGUUCAUUGAGACGGUUUACCCUGUUCCUGAGGGCAUCACCUGCGGAGUGGUCACCUUCCUCAGCAACCUCUUCACUGGACUUUUGCUGUUUUGCCUCACCUUUUACUUUACAGAGCUGUCCUGGUUGAACUGGUGUCUGACAGGCUCCUGCAUCUUCAGUCUCCUGCUCCUCCUCUUCUUCAGGGAAUCUUACGACCGCCUCUAUUUGGACGUCUUUGUCUCUGUCUGAGCACACCACUUGAGCUUUUCUCAGCAGACUGAAGGCUUGUCUUUUUAUGGGCACUAUAUUCCAGCAGAGUGCAUAGAAAGGCCACACAGCAUGUUGCUCACUUUUAUGGAUCUGUUCUUUUUGGGAAAAUUUUGUAGUUGUGAAAUAUAUGACCAGCAGUGGUAGCAGUGCAUUGUGUAAGCAUCAUAACUAACAGCGAGAACUCAGACCUGACGAAGGAGGUGUAGAUAUUGACCUUUCUACUUGACAUUUUGCCUCCUGGAUGCAUCCCUUUUGUACUGUAUAUUUUAUUUUGUUCUUCUUUUUUUAAUACGAUUAAUGUAAAUUAUGUGUUUACAUACUGGCACAAUAUAAGGGAUUUUAUUGCAUAGAGAGUCACAAGCGGAUCUACUUACGGAUUUGGUAGUUCCCCACGGUGAUGACUCCUCUAGUGCUCUCACCACAUCUAAUGGGAGUGUAAUGGAUAAUUAUAGACAAGCUCAAUUAGCCCGCUGGCGAGAGCUAUGGCCGUCUGUGGACGGGGACCUCUUAGAGCUGUAGUGUCACUUGUGAAUAGCCUGUGGGAUCCAAGCUUUAAUUGACCUGUGAUAGGACUGUCAAUAAGUGGCAUACGUUGUGGUCUUCUUGUUUUCCUUAUCAACCUAUAUUAUGCAAAGGAUAAUUCCCUCCGCUGUGGGAUUUUGGUAAUCACCUUGCAGCCAUUAGUCCGAUUCUGGGUCACAUUAUCUCAAGCUGUCUGAGGUCCUAGUUUAUGUGAUGAGGGAACUAUAGUAUCCAUGUUUAGUUUGUGUUCAUCCCAUUCUCAUGUGAUGGCUUGGUUUAUAGCUGUAGCAUGCGCACAGUGGGUGUCUGUUGCACAAGCCUUUUAGAAUUUUAUGCAAUCGAUCAUGUAUUUAACUGUAAUUUAUUAACUCAUUUUAGGGAUUAAUACACUAAUAUUGACAAUAAGGGAUUGUUAAUGGUUUUUAUGUCUGAGGACUUGCAGAAGAGUAUUAAAACAUGACAUUAUGAAGUGCUGGAACAGUACAACACUACUCACCAGCAAUAAUAGCCAUGUUCGGUAGCCUCUCGUGAUUUGUGGCAUAACCUAAUGCAAAAAUGAGUGCAAUACUCCCUCUCGAGAUUAAAAUACAGCCUGUCGUAUGACCCAUACACACACUAUGCUGUUCUCUUCUGCAUUUUUGAGCAACACCAUGAAAACGGAGCCCAUUUGAAUCUGGACUGGCGAAAUUUGACAGAUUUAAAGGAAUCUCUGUCUGCUUUUGGAUUUAGUGUUGACUCCAGUGGAACUGAUUGAUGGGAAAGGAAAAGCAUUUUAUGGACACCCUGAAUCCCACGUUUCCACAGAUUUCCAACUGAGAACUUUAGGCACACUCGUGGUUCUGUUCUUCUCUGGGAAGAGCCUGCAUGUGAAUCACCUUUUUGUGUCUUUGUACCAUUUUACCUGUCGUUAACGUUGCCUUAAUUAACAGUGACCUUUGUUCUGUCCUCCUCUUCACUGUGAUGUGCGUGCCGUGCUGCAGUCGGUGCUUGUGCUCUGUUCUGUCACUGUAAUGUUAAUUGUAAGUGGCACUGGAGAGGCGUACGUGCCCCUGUCCAUGUGCAGAUAACAUGUCAAAGAUUUUUAGCACCUUAUUAAAAAGAUGUUUUAAAAAAGGAA